GGCGGCAUCGGGGAUUCAGUAGCUUCACAACGGCGGCGCGAAGACAAAGCAAUCUGGAUUUGUAACGUCUUAGUUUAGGGCCGUAUUUAGUAAAAUUCAAAGUGCAAAGUAGCUGGUUAUCAGCUACUUCACCCGGGAAAGGCGCUAAAGCAAUGGGGACAAUUAAUAUAACAGCCUUAUGGCUAGUUCUGAUGCUGUGGCUACCCCACGGCCUGUCCAUGGGCAAUAGUUGUUCGGCUUCGGUGCUGGAGGCACGAAGGUUUUUUGAGCUGGAAAAUGAGCAAUUACGGAGGCGCUUCCACGAGGAGUUCCUUUCCGGGUAUACCUAUAAUACCAAUGUCUCGGAGCCAAACCGCCAGGCCAUGAUCGAGGUUUAUGCCCGCAAUGCAGAGUUUAAUAAACGCCUAGCCCAGCGGAUAAAGGCGUCCGAUUAUAUCCAGUCCGAGGAUGCGGAUAUACGUCGUCAGGCUGAGCACCUCUCCAAACUGGGGGCCUCCGCCCUGAAUUCCGACGACUAUUUGGCCCUCCAGAAUGCCAUCAGUUCAAUGCAGACGAACUAUGCCACCGUCACAGUGUGCUCCUACACAAAUCGCAGUGAUUGCUCCCUCACCUUGGAGCCCCACAUCCAGGAGCGCCUGUCCCACAGCCGGGAUCCUGCGGAACUGGCCUGGUACUGGCGGGAGUGGUACGACAAGGCGGGAACCCCCAUGCGUGAGCACUUCGCCGAGUACGUGCGGCUGACGCGCAAGGCGUCCCAUUUGAAUGAUCACCGCUCAUAUGCCGACUACUGGGUGCAGUUCUACGAGGACGCCGACUUUGAGCGACAAUUGGACGCCACGUUCAAGCAGCUGCUUCCCUUCUACAGGCAGAUUCACGGCUAUGUACGCUAUCGUCUGCGGAAGCACUACGGUCCGGAUGUAAUGCCAGCGGAGGGGAAUAUCCCUAUAAGCUUGCUGGGCAACAUGUGGGGUCAAUCUUGGAACGAGCUGCUCGAUCUGUUCACUCCGUACCCGGAGAAGCCCUUCGUGGAUGUGAAAGCUGAGAUGGAGCGACAGGGGUACACCGUCCAGAAACUGUUUGACCUGGGAGAUCAGUUCUUCCAGUCUCUUGGGAUGCGAGCACUUCCACCCAGCUUCUGGAAUUUAAGCGUGCUCACCCGACCGGAAGACCGGCAGGUGGUGUGCCAUGCGUCGGCCUGGGACUUUUACCAGGACAGCGAUGUGAGAAUCAAGAUGUGCACUGAGGUGGACACCCACUACUUCUAUGUGGUGCACCAUGAGCUGGGUCAUAUCCAAUAUUAUCUUCAGUAUGAACAGCAGCCGGCUGUCUAUCGGGGAGCUCCUAAUCCUGGCUUCCAUGAAGCUGUGGGUGAUGUCAUCGCAUUGUCGGUAAUGUCCGCGAAACAUUUAAAGGCCAUUGGAUUGAUUGAUAAUGGAAGACUGGACGAGAAGAGCAGAAUUAAUCAGCUCUUUAAGCAGGCUCUCUCAAAGAUUGUCUUUCUGCCCUUCGGUUAUGCUGUUGAUAAGUAUCGUUAUGCAGUUUUCCGCAAUGAACUGGACGAAUCGCAAUGGAACUGCGGCUUUUGGCAGAUGCGAUCUGAAUUCGGAGGAGUCGAGCCGCCAGUUUUUCGCACCGAAAAGGACUUUGAUCCGCCAGCCAAGUAUCACAUAGAUGCGGAUGUGGAGUACCUGCGCUAUUUUGCCGCCCACAUCUUCCAGUUUCAGUUCCACAAGGCCUUGUGCAGCAAGGCCGGACAAUAUGCUCCUAAUGACAGUCGUCUGACCUUGGAUAACUGCGACAUCUUUGGCAGCAAGGCGGCGGGACGAUCGCUCAGCCAGUUCCUCUCGAAGGGUAGCUCCCGCCACUGGAAGGAGGUGCUUCAGGAAUUCACGGGCGAGACGGAAAUGGAUCCAGCCGCUCUUUUGGAGUACUUUGACCCACUCUACCAGUGGCUCAAGCAAGAGAACAGUCGCUUGGGCGUCCCACUAGGUUGGGGGCCUACAAACAAGAUCCCGUCGGAUUGCUGUGGAACAUUCAGCACCUAGACUGAGUCAUCCAGAAGUUGACUUAAGGUUGUCGAGACCCGCAAAAAAAUGUUUGUUUAGUCUGUCACUAGAAACAAACAAAAAAUAAACAAAUCUUAGAACUUUGUAAUUAA